AUGGCAAAGGGCAGUAUGCUCAGUGACUGCAGCAGCCUGUUGCUGUGUUUUGCUGGUGCUAAAUCUGAACUAGGAAUUAGAGCCCUGGCCCCGGGGCCGGCAGCCUGGGCAGUAGGAGCGCUGCAGCCAGAGCCCCCCGUGCCCAUCUUUUUCUGGGAGCCCCGGUGGGAGCUCGCCACGGGCCAGCCCUGUGGGGUGUCCAUAGGGGACUACUCUCAAGUAGUCAAAUGCUUUGGCCAGUGUUCUUUCUGCCACUCUGAGAGGACUGGUGACAAGAGGGAACACAGGGAACAAGCAGCCCCAGAAGGUCACAGUGCCUAUCGGGACCGCCCUCCAAGGAGCGGCUCCCCUGAUGCCCUUGCAUCUGUUGCAAUCGGCAAGGGAGCGGGGGUGGGAUUGGGCAGAGGCUUUCUGGGGAAUGGCCAAAAUGAAAAUUGUGUGCCACUUCCAAACUCUGUACAGAACGCCUUGGCCUGCAAGAGUAAACAAGAUUACCAGGCUGGAAUUCCGUUCAAGACCAGGGCUUUUAUAUCCAGAGAUUGUGGGCCAGAUGCGGAGAAGAGGAAACACAGAGAAAGCAACAGAGAAGGAGCAGCCCUGAGAGGAAGGCACUCCCGAAAGCGUCUGUCCCAGCAGCCAGAGGCAGGGCUGGAUUCCCACCUGGCCCCCAGCCCCUGCAAAGCCCUGGAUUCUUCCGCACUAGCCUGGGUGGUUUCCAAUCUCAGACUCUGCGCUGAGGGCAUGGUCAUGAGCCCAGUUGCUGGAGGUGCAUCCCCCACGCCCCUGCCUGAGCAGCAUGAGGCCUUCAAAGCCACCUGCUGGGGUGUUCCAGAAGACUCUGCUUCCAAGGAAGAGACUUGCACUUUAACCUUGGAGCAUAAGCCCCAGAGCUACAGACCUGCUGAGAAGAGGGACUGUCCUACAUCCCUUUUAAGGGCCGACCCCUGUCCCGGGGUGGCUGGGACACAGGGCAGGGGCUGCCCUGUGGACCUGCUCUUAGAGACCGUGGGGGGCACUGACCAGGGCGCGGGGGAGGGUGACCUGCGCCCCCGCGGCCAACCCGGUUGGUGCAGACUUGGGGAUCCCAGAAGGGACAGCGCCCGCCCAGUCUCGGCGAUUGAGGGUCCCUGCCCAGGCGCAGCUCUGGCCCGCCGCGUGCUCUGGGGCCGCGGCUUCUCCCGGAACCCCCGCGGGCUGGGCCUGCCUUCCGGAGCCGGUUGGCUGGGGGCGGGCGGCGCCGGGGAAGGGGCAGUUACUUUCCCAGAGUGGCGGGGCGACGUCAGGCGGAAGGGCGCGGGGCGCGCACGCUUUAAAUGGCAUUCGCUGUCAUCCGAGCUCACAGCCGUGUGGGUAGCCGCGGGCUAUAUAAGCCGGGAGCCGGGCCGCCGCGGGGCAGACAGCGACAGCAGCGGCGGCGAGCGCCUCGGAGCGCGGCGUAACAGCGCCCCCCGAGCCCCGCGCCCCCCGACGGGUCCGCCCGCCCGCCCGCCCUCCGGAGGAGCGCCGGCCCGGGCCCGCGAGGGCCGCCGCCACCCCGCAGCAGAUUUGGAUCCCCCGCCCGGCGAGCCCCCGGCUGCUGCCUCCCGGGGGGCCCCGGCGCAGCGGCCGCCUCCGGAGAGCCCCGGCGCCCCGCCGCCCGGCCCCGCAGACGCCGGAGGCGCCAUGGCCGCCAAGCCCGGCGAGCUGAUGGGCAUCUGCUCCAGUUACCAGGCGGUGAUGCCGCACUUCGUGUGCCUGGCCGACGAGUUCCCGCAGCCCGUGCGGCCAGCCAAGCUGUCCAAGGGCCGGGGCCGGCUGCGGCGGCCGCGCCAGUCUCGCUUCAAGACGCAGCCGGUGACCUUCGACGAGAUCCAGGAGGUGGAGGAGGAGGGGGUGUCCCCCAUGGAGGAGGAGAAGGCCAAGAAGUCGUUCCUGCAGAGCCUGGAGUGCCUGCGCCGCAGCACGCAGAGCCUGUCGCUGCAGCGGGAGCAGCUCAGCAGCUGCAAACUGAGGAACAGCCUGGACUCCAGCGACUCCGACUCGGCCCUGUGAGGGGCGCCGCCCGAGGGGGGAACGCGCACGUCCGCGAUCCGCGGGAAACCGGCGUGCGAACCCCGAGAGAGCCCGCGCCCUGCCCCCGGGGGACCCGCAAGGACCCAGGACCGCCGCCCCUCGCGCGCUCGGACUCCCGCCCCGCUGCGAACCGAUCGGUGCGCCCCUCGCCGCGCUCGCCCUGGCCCGGGGACGCCGGGAGCGGGACCGCUUUCCUUGUCCUUGUAAAUGUUUAUUUUUUAACUCUUCCCAGUGCGAACUCUGCUGUGAGUGUGUGCGGGGAGGCGCGCCCGCGCUGAGUUGGCCGCGCGGGUCGCCAGGGCCACCCGGGUCGCCGCUCCAUGCCCCUGUCCGAUGGUUUGCAACUCCGAUUUUGCACACCGCUCCACCGUGACCCCCAGCGCACACCCGUUCACACUCACGCCAACACUCUCGCUGAACACUUUUAUAAUUGUUAGGCGUGGCCGUUGGGACUUGGGGCGCAGCGCAGCUGCUGCUGCUGCUGCGUCUGGAGGAUUGAUAAUUUAUUUUUGCAUUGAGAUGACUGAAGGCGUUUAUUUAACGAUCUUUUUACCUGGAUAUGUCUGUGAGACUCCAGAAAGGAGACAAAUAAAGUCAAUAUAUUUGCACAGUGCA